AUGACCUCAAACACCAAGUCCGUUGCAUUCUUUGGCGCCAGCACCGGCGUUGGCCUUGCUGCCCUCAAACGCACUCUCGCUGCCGGGCACAAAUGCAUCGCGCUAUGUCGUGAUCCCUCAAAACUCACAGCCGUCUUCCCUUCAGAGUCAACACCAAAUCUGAAAGUCAUCAAAGGCAAUGCACACGAUAUCUCCGCCGUAUCGCAGUGCCUCCAAACCGACGAUGGCCGCAUCGUCGAUGUCAUCGUGUCCACCAUCGGUGCCAAGCCACGCGGAAUCACUGUCGAUGAUCCGAACGUCUGCAAGAAAGGCGCGGCAACUAUCCUAGAUGCCCUCGCCCAGCUUCGAAGCACCGGCAUAACCGGAACUCCGCACAUAAUCGCUUGCAGUACAGCGGGCUUCUCCCGCUUCGGCCGCGAUGUUCCUAUCGUUAUGAUACCCAUCUAUUACCUGUUUGUCAGCGUCCCCGGAGCAGACAAGGUAGUCAUGGAAGACCGUUUCGCACAGAGCGGGGAAGCAUUCACAAUCAUUCGUGCGAGCCACCUUGUUGAUGGCGAGUCUAACAAGACUAUCCGCGUGGGCAUCGAGGAUCCCAAGACUGGUCCGGAGUCCAGAGCUAUUGGCUAUACUAUCUCCCGGGAGGAUGCGGGGAGGUGGCUCGCUGAGAACCUUGUCUUGAAGACAGACGCAAUGUACUUGAACAAGAAUGUGACCGUUACAUAUUGA